AUGCUUAACAGACAGCUGGGGCCCCAAGAAGACCCGUCUACAGCAGCAGCAGCAGCAGCAGCAGCAGCAGCAAUGCUGCUGCUGCUGCUGGGGCUGAGUGGUUUGAGGGGUGGGGUUGUUGUACUUCUUCUUCCUUCUCCUUUUUGCGAGAAGGCAAUUAAAGCUGCCGUUUAUUUGAUUUUUCUUUUAAGGAAGAUGCCGUAUCCGUCUCGCCCAUCUGAAAUGCAUAGAGCCGUCAGUUUGCUGGGGCGAUUUUCGCACCCCAUUGGGGUGUAUGAUCAGCCGCCUCCUGCAAUAAACACUCAUGUGGAUGUCUUUGAGUCUGCGACUGCGCACCGCCUACGGGUGCUGCACUUCCUGGACGAAAAGUUCGGGCUAGAUUCCUCUGCAAACCCCGGGGUGCUGCGGGCUGCACCAUCAACGCCAGCAGCAGCAGCAGCAGCAGCAGCAGGAAGUGAUGGUGCAGCAGCAAAACCGCUGUACAUACAGCUGGAAGAGAUGCUGCAGGAAGGAGGACUGAUGCUGCCGCUUGCUGCAGCAGCAACAGCAACUGAGCAGCAGCGAAGGGAAGUAGCAGAGAGAGACGCCAUGUCGCACUUCGCUCUCCGCCUCGCGUUCAGCAGAGACCGCGACAGGCAGCGGUGGCUGGUGCAGCAGGAGUGCCGUCUCUUCAUGUACAGAUUUGACAGACUUUGUGCAUUUCGAGGGCUUGAAGAUGCAUCGCUGAGUUUGCUUUCGAGUUUUCUGCAGCAGGAAGGGAUCAACUACGCCUGUGUGCCGCGUCCGCGAGACCCUGUCGCGGGUUCGCCUGUGGAAAAAUUGUGGCGAGCUGCCACCGCCUUUUUGAGGGGCAAUAUGGCUCAGCAAGUGCAGCAUUUAUACAUCGUCCCUUGCUUUCCAGAUGCCGGCCAGCUGGUCAGGAACCGUCGAGUGUAUAUUCAAAAUAUGAUGGCGUACGUGCCUGACUUUGAGUUGGGCACUGUUCUCUGCGGAAAGCUGAGAGCAGCAAUGAACGCCUCUUUUGACUUACUGGAAGGUCGCCAGAUUACUCUGCAGAACACAGUCUUUUCUGACUCGCGAGUAGGGAAGCUCCUAAGCGCUGCUCCCAAUGUCUACUUGGGGAGAGACUUCAGCAACAAUACAGUAAAAAGUACAGAAGAGCGCCUGACGCCUCAGUCGAUAAAACAUGUGUACAAGAACUCCUUCCCGCCCUGCAUGCGCCGUCUAUACGAGAGCUACAUGGCGGAGCAUCACCUUCGUCACGGCGGCCGCAUGCAGCUGUGGCUCUUCUUCAAAGGAGCCGGAAUGACGCUUGAGGAGAAUCUUCAGUUCAACAGACAAGUCUGGCGAGAACCGCAGAAAUUUGAUAAGGAGCACGCGUACAACAUAAGGCACAUGUACGGCUUGGAGGGGAAGAGGGCAAACUAUGCGCCUUUUAGAUGCUCACAAAUCAUCAGCGGAGCUGUUACGGGACUGGCAGAGAAGGGAGACUACCAACUUGCAUGCAAAGAUUACUUCAUACAAACACACCCUAACAGCGCAGGUGAUGAUGUGGGGAACCACCCCAACGCAUUCUUCGCUGCUUCGCGUCGGUUCUUCGCAGCAGCAGCAGCAGCAGCAACAGGAGGUGCUGCUGCUGCAAAAGGGAAGCAGCCUGCAGCAGCAGCAGCAGAUGCGGCUUCGCAAGACAGUGACAUGCCUCCUUAA